AUGAAUGGGACAAACGGUACAAACGGCGGGACGAACGGAACCAAUGGGAGUACGAACGGUACAAAUGGGAGCGCCGCCCAGGUCUUUGUCGGGGCCAUAGACCAAGGCACGACAAGCUCUCGGUUUCUGAUCUUCAACGAACGUGGCGAGGUUGUAGUGACCCACCAGAUUGAGUUCACUCAGAUCUACCCUGAGCCUGGAUGGCAUGAGCACGACCCUCAGGAGAUAGUCACUUCUGUAGAGGAGUGCAUCGAUGCUGCUGUGAAGUCCUUCGUGGAUCUUGGCCACUCAGCUUCAGACAUCAAGGCUGUCGGCAUCACCAACCAGCGUGAGACGACUGUGGUCUGGGACAAACAGACCGGCGAGCCUCUGCACAACGCAAUAGUAUGGACGGACACCCGCGCCGCCGAGUUGGUGAGGGAGCUGAAGCGACGCCCCGGCGCCGAUGAGAUCACCCAGCUGUGCGGGCUGCCGCUGUCGACGUACCCAUCAGUGGCCAAGCUCCUCUGGAUGCUGGAGAACGUGCCCAAGGUCAAGGAGGCCUACGACGCCGGCAACCUCGCCUUCGGCACCGUGGACACCUGGCUCAUCUUCAAGCUCAACGGAGGGACGGAGAAGAACCUGCUCGUCACUGAUGCAUCGAACGCCUCGCGGACCAUGUUCAUGAACCUCGAGACGCUCGAGUAUGACGAGAAACUGCUUAGCUUCUUCCGCUUGGACCGUGAGAAGAUCCGCCUCCCGGAGAUCGUGCGCUCAUCCGAUGCAUCUGCAUAUGGCACACUCACGUCGACCUCACUCAAGGGAUUGCCAAUCACAGGAAAUCUAGGCGAUCAGUCCGCGGCGCUGGUUGGGCAGAAGGGGUUCACACCGGGCCUUGCCAAAAACACGUACGGCACCGGCUGUUUCCUCCUGUACAACGUGGGGCCCAAGCCCGUCCUCUCCACCCAUGGUCUUCUAACCACAGUUGCCUUCGACUUCGGUCCGGACUCGCGCAUGUACGCGCUUGAGGGCAGUAUUGCCGUUGCAGGCUCCAGCGUCAAAUUCCUCGUUGACAACCUCAAGUUCGUGGACACGAGUAAGAAGAUCUCCGAGCUGGCCGAGACCGUCCCCGACAAUGGCGGCUGCACCUUCGUCACCGCGUUCAGCGGACUGUAUGCGCCAUACUGGUACGAUGAUGCGCGUGGGACACUGUUCGGCAUCACUUCCUACACGAACCAGGGCCACAUCGCCCGCGCGACCCUCGAGGCAACCUGCUUCCAGACCAAGGCGAUCUUGGAAGCCAUGGAGAAGGACAGUGGUCAUGCCUUGACAGAGUUGGCCGUCGACGGAGGCAUGUGUGAUUCUGACAUUACGAUGCAGGCAGAUCUCAUCGGCAUCCCUGUCAACAGGCCAGCCAUGCGCGAGACAACGGCCUUGGGGGCCGCCAUCGCCGCCGGACUUGCAGUCGGGGUUUGGAAGAGCUUCGACGACCUUGCUGCGGUGAACACCGAGGGCAAAACAACCUUCGAGCCCAAAAAGGAGAAGCAGGAAAGCCAGAAGAUGUUCGCCCGGUGGCAAAAGGCCGUGGAGAUGAGCAAAGGGUGGUUGUGA